GCCACCAGUCCUCUUGCCUCCGCCGCCUCGACUAUACGUCCCCGCGCCGCGCACCAGUGCCGAAAAACAGUUGCAUUUCUUAACAAAAAACAAAAAAGUCGUGCAGUGUUUUUGUUCAUAUCUCUCUUGGAUUUUUAUUUUCCGUACAACAGUGAAGUAAGGAGUAGGACGUCGUUUUACAAGCUCCUUUCGUCAUUGAAAAUUGUCACGAAUAAUCCGUCGCAGUAACAGUAACAAGAUGAGGUGUCUGUGAUCUAAAACAACGGGCGUGAGGGGCGCCUGCACAUCGAGAAUGACGUCAGAGCGAGCCAUACCGCACCUGCGGGACAUCUUUGGCCUUAACCAGCAGUAUGACGCCAAGAGCUACGAUGACGUGGACGAUAAAACCAAAAAGACGGCCAAGAAGAAGAAGGAUGACUACCGCUCAUAUACCAACGGAGACGUAAAGACUUUAGAACGACACCUCAGCAUGAAGAAGACUAUACGGAAAAAGAUCAUGCGCGACCUUCAGCAAGCGUUCGUUGAAGACCCUAACGAGUUUAAGGUCGAGAACACGAGCCCUGAGAAGCUGAAGGCGGAACUAAGCGCCGAAGCUGUAAAAAUCGAGAAGAACGUGCGGAAGAACGACCCCACGUUCUUGGACAUGUUGCGAGGGGAGACGCGGGGCGAGGAGGCGCGCGAGGAGCAGCCGCAGCAGGAGAAGACCAGCUUCUGGCGGCGGCUCACCAUGAAGAAUAAAAAUAAGAGAUAAAGUCAAUUCUAAGCCGUGCGAGCACGUCACUCCGUUUCCAUCAACAUAUUGUUCUGUAGAAUGAAAUUUUAUUAGUUGCUUCUACACUCAACUGCCUCCGAUACGGUAAUCAAGGUUCUGUAGUUUAAAGGGGCCAUGU